AUGACCAACCUCGCCCGGCAAGUGCUUGCAGAAGUGCUUGACCCUUGUUUCCAUGCACCUCAUACCCUCCUCCCAUCCCUCCCCUCCUUCCCCUCUCUUUUCUCCCUCCCAUCCCUCCCCUCCCUCCCCUCCCUCCUCUCCCUCCCCUCCCUCCCCUCCCUCUCCUCCCUCCCCUCCCUCCCCUCCCUCCCUCCUCUCCCUCCCCUUCCUCCCCUCCCUCCCCACUCCCUCACCCCUCCCCCUCCCCCCCUCACUUCUCUCAUCUCCCUGGCCUUGCUGUGCUGCUCGCCCUCCAGAACUCCCUGUCAUUGCUCUGCUAAUGUCCCUCCCUUAUCUAAUGUCCCUCCCUCGUGUCUGACUUGA